UACACAUACACAUAUUUGAAAGUGUGGCCGCUGAAAACAGCCGGAGCUAAGAUGGCCGUUACGAGGACUGAAGAUAUGCCACGGCAGUUCCCUAAGAUUGCAUUGAGUGAUGUGGAUGAGGAAGUUCGUCUGCUGGCUGAGAAGUUGUAUGCUUCUGCGCUAAAGGAAGAGGACACUAAAAAUGCUCUGUCCAUGUACACUGUCCCCGAGGACUGUCCUAUCGGCCUGCAGGAGGCCAAACAGAGGGAGCUCCUUAGAGAAUUGGCUGAACAACAGUCAGAGGAAAGUGCAAAGAGGAAGAAGAGUUUAAAGAUUAUUCGAUCGCAAUCACUGCAAAUCCCAUUACAUACGGAAAGUGUCCGGGGUGUGGUGACCCCCAUCAUGUCUCCUGCCUCUACUUGCUCCUCCAUCUCACAAAACUUCCCUGAGUACCAAAGAGUCACCAUCAGCGGAGACUACUGUGCUGGGAUUACAGUUGAGGACUAUGAGCAAGCAGCUAAAAGUCUCCUAAAAGCUCUCUUUAUUCGAGAAAAAUACUCAAAACUGGCAUAUCACCACUUCCCUCGGGCCACUGCACAGUUCCUACGUAGUGCUGCAAAUGAAAGGUGGAUAGAAGAAGAUGAAAUUCUUCCAGAUAUCUGCCCCUGCCCAGGUGAAGGGGAGGACCCUUACAGCAUGGAGAAUAUUCCAGAGAACCUCAACUAUCAGAUGAAGAUGAAUGAUGGCAUUAUUUAUGUAUAUGAAAACACUGAAGCUCUGAGCAUGGACAAACCACAUUGUCUGCCUUACCCAGACCUGGAAACAUUUGCCAUUGACAUGAGUCAUGUGCUUGCCAUGAUCAUUGAUGGACCGACUAAGACCUACUGCCAUAGACGACUAAACUUCCUUGGGUCAAAGUUUUAUUUGCAUGAAAUGCUCAAUGAAAUGGUAGAACUAAAAGAACUCAAGGGCGUCCCUCAUAGAGACUUCUACAAUGUCAGAAAGGUAGACACACAUAUCCAUGCAGCAGCCUGCAUGAGCCAGAAACAUCUGCUUAAUUUCAUCCAAUCCACCUAUAAAACGGAUGCAGAGAGAGUUGUACUGGAGAAGGCAGGGCUGAAACUAACUCUCAAACAAGUGUUCAGUAACUUGCACAUGGACCCGUAUGACCUUACUGUCGACUCCUUAGAUGUUCAUGCCGGCAGACAAACUUUUCAUCGCUUUGACAAAUUCAACACCAAAUACAAUCCAGUAGGAGCUAGCGAGUUACGGGAAAUCUACUUGAAGACUGACAAUUACAUUAAGGGGGAGUAUUUUGCUCGCUUGAUCAAGGAAGUAGCACAUGAUCUGGAGGAGAGUAAAUAUCAGCAUACUGAACCCCGACUGUCCAUUUACGGCCGUUCCCCUGAGGAGUGGGAAAGCCUCUCCCAUUGGUUUAUUCAGCACAAAGUGUACUCUCCAAACAUGCGCUGGAUCAUUCAGGUGCCUAGAAUCUAUGACAUUUUCAAGUCACGUAAGUUGAUUCCUAAUUUUGCCAAGAUGCUCGAGAACAUUUUCCGUCCUCUGUUUGAGGCCACGGUGAAUCCUCAGAAGCACAAAGAGCUCCAUGUAUUUCUAAAAUAUGUGACUGGCUUUGACAGUGUGGAUGAUGAAUCCAAACACAGCGAUCACAUGUUCUCCUAUAAGAGCCCCAAGCCUGAGCAGUGGACAACAGAUGACAACCCACCCUACAGCUACUACCUCUUCCAUAUGUACGCCAACAUAAUGGUGCUCAACAAUCUCAGGAAAGAACGUGGCCUUAGCACCUUUCAGUUUCGUCCACACUGUGGAGAAGCUGGUUCAAUCACCCACCUGGUUUCAGCUUUCCUCACUGCAGAUAACAUCUCCCAUGGACUUAACCUGAAGAAGAGUCCAGUACUGCAGUACCUGUAUUAUCUUGCCCAAGUGCCCAUUGCCAUGUCACCGCUGAGUAACAACAGUCUGUUCUUGGAAUACUCCAAAAACCCAUUGCGAGAGUUCCUACACAAGGGUCUCUGUGUGUCCCUGUCCACUGAUGAUCCCAUGCAGUUCCACUAUACCAAGGAAGCUUUAAUGGAGGAGUAUGCAAUUGCCGCCCAACUGUGGAAAUUGAGCACCUGUGACGUGUGUGAGAUUGCCAGAAACAGCGUCCUGCAGAGUGGCCUUUCCCAUGAGGAGAAAAAGCACUUUCUUGGGGCUAAUUACCUGAAAGAUGGACCAGAGGGGAAUGACAUUCAGCGGACCAAUGUAGCCCAGAUCCGCAUGGCCUAUAGACAUGAGACGCUGUGCAAUGAACUCAGCUUCCUUGUAGAUGCAGUAAAGUCAGAGGUCAAUGGAUCAUAAUAGCUGUCCAGUACAUCUCUGCCAAGCCCCCUGUGCCCACAGAUGCAUGGUUGCUAUUUUUAUAUAGGAUUGGAUGCACAGUGGAUCUAAAUUUGUCUUGCUCUGCUUCUCACAUUUCUAAUACACAGCCUCUCUGCAAACACCAUUGUCUCCCUAUGCAAAUGUUCUCAGACUUGAAAUGGGCGUUUCAAGAAGGGUUUGGCACACAUUGCUGAACAUUCGAAGAGCAGUGUUUCCCCCCUGUGGAGAUAUUGCUGUACAGCAGAAAAAGUUGUCAUUUAGACAGGUUGUCUCGAACAUUCCGCUCACUCUCUCUAUUGCUCUGCAGAAUCUGACAUCACUUCAGAAACAAUCUCUACAGAAUAAUAUUUACCUCAAGGGAAACAGUCAGAAAUGUGGUCUAGCUAGUUGUGACAUAUUGAGCAGUGUGCACGAUUUUGAAUAUGGUCCACGUCACUUGACGAUCCAGUCCUCCCUGUAAUCUCAACAUUUGCUGUCCUUUCUACACUGUCCUAACAAUAAUAAAUAACCAAAUAAAUAGACUUUUGAACACAUGGUUGUAAUUUUAAUAAAUGGAGCACAUUACAUGUCUGUAUGCAGGACAAAACUAUAUUUUUAUGUGUGCACAUUUGUUCACUUUUAUUUGAUGCAGUGCAGAUAGUGUUUGUUUUCUGAGACAGGCAUGUUUAUUUCCUCAAUUGACAAUUGAGUAAGAUAUAACAGACAAUGUCUUGUUGCCUGUAGAUUUAUUUAGUGAUAUUAAAAUAGAUAUUUUUUGGUUUUUAUAAUUCAUAUUUAACAAAUUAUUUUAUGAAGUGCUAUGAAAAUAUAAGAUUUUCCUGUUCUGUCUUUUGUUUGCUUUGUUUGCUCUCCAUUGAUUGAAUUUAACCAUUUUUUAACAUAUGUUCUGUACUUAUGGUUAUAUUUCCAGCCCCAACUCUGUUGCUAUUAUUCAUUACUAUGAUCACAAAUCUACAAGCUAUAAAGAGUAUCUAGUGGAGUGCUGCUUUAACACUACAAAACCUACAAAAUCAGUUCUGUUUAUGUUGUUCUAAAUAUCUUUGUAUUUCCGUGCUAAUUUUCAUUAUUAGUUUACUUGUUUUCCCCCUUUUGUUUGCUCAGUAUUCAGACAGAAACCAAUGGUGUUUUACUUCAUAAUGUCAGGUCAGUGCUAGAUGUGGCCAGAAUUAAGCAUCCAUUCCUAAGCAAACAGACACUUUCAGGGCUCCAGGCUAACAUUUGACAGCAAGUUCUAAAGAUGGUGGCACAAGCCCCUUUUUUGGUAGCACCGGUGGGUUUUAGGGCCUUUAAAAUGAAUAAAUAAAU